UGCAGCGCGAGGCAUUGAGCAUGCAUUUUUUUUGUGGUACAAACUUCACUUAGGAUGGAUGUUUGGCUUCCUAAUAACACUAAUAUUAGUUAAUAUCGCAGCAUAGUAUGGGUAGUUUUCUUAACCAGACAUCGGACAAGUUGGAUUACGGCAUGUCACUAAAGUUCAAGAAAAAUAACGAGAUGUUUUAGGGCAAUGGAGAGUGAACAGUGUGAAACAGUUGGCGGUGGCGGAGACGAUACAUCAGGAUCAGACACACUGUCAGAGGGCGAUACGCGAUCCGAGACGUACGAACCCGAAUUGCACUUUGACAAAUUGACAUUUCACGCUUUAGGUUUUGUAAGUUUAGAAGGAAAAGUGAGGGGAAAUGAUUCGGAGGAUUGCAACGAGGAGAGAAAUGAAGAGCACCAAGAAGGAGAAAACGAAGGAGACGAGGAUGAAAUGCCGGAUAACAUCCUCUACCCCCCCUCCAUGCCGUUACGCAAGUUCAGUAACCCAGAGGUCUCUCAGGGCAUAAAUUUAGCACUGAAGUUUCAACGACAGCAAAGCGAAGAUGGCAGACAGCUGAGAAGAGGGAGCCUUGGCGGUGCUUUAACAGGGAAGUACCUGCUGCCAUAUGUCUCAGCACAGCAGUCAUGGUCAGCCACAGGUUCAGAGACCACCAACCUGGUUCGCAUGCGCUCACAGACCCUUGGGAAAUCUGCACCAUCCCUCACGGCAAGCCUGAAGGAGCUCAGCCUUCCCAGACGAGGAAGUUUCCUCACUCCGCGAAGCUUGAGUCCAACUCCUACAAGCCCUUGCAGCCCAUGCAGCCCGCUGCACGCGUUUCAUUUUUGGAGCUGCAGAACGGGCAACAGAAAGAGUCUCAUAGGAAGUGGACAGUCGGCUGCACUUCCUCGACCACACUCGCCUCUCUCAUCACACACAGGUACCAGUCCUCAAGACAGUCCUAGAAACUUCUCCCCUAGUGCUUCAGCUCAUUUCUCCUUCACUCGAAGUCAUGGCCUAAGAGCAGACAGAACUGAUGGGCGACGAUGGUCCUUAGCAUCCCUUCCCUCCUCUGGAUAUGGCACAAACACACCCAGUUCAACUGUUUCUUCAUCCUGUUCAUCACAGGAGAAGCUCCAUCAGUUGCCCUUUCAGCCCACACCAGAUGAGCUGCACUUCCUGUCCAAGCAUUUCUGCACUGAGAGCAUUGCUGGUGACGACCGCAGAAGAAUCACUCCCAUGCGACCUCGAUCACGCAGCCUCAGUCCUGGAAGAUCACCGUCAUGUUUUGACCAUGAGAUUAUCAUGAUGAAUCAUGUAUACAAGGAAAGAUUCCCUAAGGCCACGGCUCAGAUGGAGGAGCGCAUCAAGGAGAUCAUCGAAAGCAACUCUCCUGAGAAUGUCCUCCCUCUGGCAGACGGCGUCCUCAGCUUUGCACACCACCAGAUCAUUGAGCUGGCCAGAGACUGUCUUGAAAAGUCUCGUCUUGGCCUCAUCACCUCUCGAUACUUCUGUGAGCUAACAGAAAAAUUGGAAAGGCUGUUUCAUGAGUCGACUGAGCGAUCAGAGAGUGCAGAGGUGACCUUCAUCAAAGAGCUGGUAAAGAAGAUCCUCAUUGUGAUAGCCAGGCCCGCACGACUCCUGGAAUGCCUGGAGUUUGAUCCUGAGGAGUUCUACCAUCUGUUGGAGGCUGCAGAGGGUCAUGCCAAAGAGGGACAAGGAAUCAAGACAGACAUCCCGAGAUACAUUAUAAGUCAGCUUGGGCUGACGAGAGACCCACUUGAGGAAAUCGCCCAGCUGACAAGCUACGACAGUGGAAUUGCAGAAACUCCUGAGACUGAUGACUCUACUUCCCACAGCCUAAGUGCAGCACUGCGGUCCCGACGUAAACCCUGUGAACCUGACUUUGAAAUGAUCAAACUGAUCAGUAAUGGGGCUUAUGGUGCUGUAUAUUUAGUGAGACACAAGGAGACAAAACAGCGAUUCGCCAUGAAGAAGAUCAACAAGCAGAACUUGAUGUUAAGGAAUCAGAUCCAGCAGGCAUUUGUGGAGAGAGACAUCCUGACUUUUGCAGAGAACCCUUUUGUGGUCAGCAUGUACUGUUCCUUUGAGACACGCAGACAUCUUUGCAUGGUUAUGGAGUAUGUUGAGGGAGGGGAUUGUGCUACUCUUCUGAAGAACAUGGGUCCUCUCCCUGUGGAUAUGGCCAGAAUGUAUUUUGCUGAGACUGUGUUAGCCCUGGAGUAUCUUCACAACUAUGGAAUUGUGCAUCGGGAUCUCAAACCAGACAAUUUAUUGGUCACUUCAAUGGGACACAUCAAGCUGACAGAUUUUGGCCUAUCAAAGGUGGGACUGAUGAAUAUGACCACUAAUCUCUAUGAAGGUCACGUUGAGAAGGAUGCCAGAGAGUUCUCAGAUAAACAGGUGUGUGGGACUCCUGAGUACAUUGCUCCAGAAGUGAUCUUGAGACAAGGCUACGGGAAGCCAGUGGAUUGGUGGGCAAUGGGCAUCAUAUUGUAUGAGUUCCUGGUGGGCUGUGUACCGUUCUUUGGAGAUACUCCAGAGGAGCUGUUCGGCCAGGUCAUCAGUGAUGAAAUAAACUGGCCGGAGGGGGAGGAUGCACCUCCAACUGAUGCCCAGGAGCUUAUCACGCUGCUUCUCAGACAGAACCCUCUGGAACGUUUCGGCAGUGCAGGAGGGGCAUAUGAGGUCAAGCACCAUCAGUUUUUUCAUAGUCUGGACUGGAACAGCCUGCUGAGGCAGAAGGCAGAGUUCAUCCCUCAGCUGGAGUCUGAGGACGACACCAGCUACUUUGACACACGAUCAGAUAGGUACCAUCACUUAGAAACUGAGGAGGAGGACAAUACCAACGAUGAAGAUUUCAACGUGGAACUGCGUCAGUUUUCUUCCUCCUCACACCGGUUCUCUAAAGUAUACAGUAGUCUGGAUCUGUCACGAGGUCAGCUGGAGGAGAAAGGAGAAGAAAAGAAGUCUGAGAGUCCACUGACUGUAGAUUCCCUGAGCUGGACUCCAGACUUCACUGAGAUCCCCUCCCUCUCUCAUUCAUCUGACACUGAGAGCGCCAGUCUGAGCAGAUGUUCGGGUCUCCUUCCUAAGUUUGCCAUAUCUGCAGAAGUAGAGGAUGGCGAGGGCUCCCUGGCUCUGGAAGACCCCAGUAAAGUGACUUUUAGUAUUGGGGAGUUGCCUCAAGAUGAUCCUGAUCCUGCUACACCCUGUAGCACCAUCAGUAACUCCACCCUGUCAGGCAGCUUUUCCGAGCACCUGGACCAGGUGCCGUCAAGGGGAGAGGGAGUUGAGAGUCCAGACAGCUGUAAGCCUUCCUCUGAUACAGGCACCUUCCUGAGCACUCCCAGAACUGAGACCACAGACAAACAGUGUGCCGUCAGCAAAGUGCCAAAAUCAGUGUCUACCAGUGCCCUGUCUCUCAUGAUCCCUGGAGAUUUUGGUGUAUCUCCAUUAGCAAGUCCUAUUUCUCCAUAUUCGUUGUCAUCAGACCCCUCCUCCAGAGACUCAUCCCCCAGUCGAGACUCCUCACUCUCUGGUGUCAGCUGUCGACAGCCAAUAAUCAUUCACAGCUCAGGAAAAAAAUUUGGUUUCACACUCCGAGCGAUCCGGGUCUAUGCCUGUGACAGUGAUGUUUACACGGUUUAUCACAUGGUUUGGAAUGUAGAAGAUGGUGGACCUGCUCAUAAGGCUGGUCUUAAAGCUGGAGAUCUGAUCACUCAUGUGAAUGGAGAAACAGUUCAUGGUCUGGUUCACACUGAGGUGGUGGAACUACUGCUGAAGAGUGGAAGUAAAGUUGCAAUAUCCACAACCCCCUUUGAAAACACUUCAAUCAAAACUGGUCCAGCAAGAAGAAAUAGUUACAGAAGCAAAAUGAUUAGAAGAACCAAGAAGCCCAAGAAAGAGAAAACACAAGAAAGGCGGCGAUCAGUAUUCAAGCGGUUUGCCAUGCAGCCUUCUCCACUCUUACACACCAGCCGCAGUUUCUCAUCACUGAACCGAUCUCUGUCAUCAGGGGAAAGCCUUCCUGGAUCUCCCACACAUAGCCUCUCACCACGCUCCCCAACAGCUGGCUUUCGUCCAACACCCGAUUUUACUCAGUCAGGUGGCACUUCAUCACAGAGCAGUUCCCCUAGUUCCAGUGCUCCUAACUCACCUGCAGGCUCUGGUCACAUCAGGCCCAGCACUCUGCAUGGUCUGGGACCUAAACUCCCAGGACGUCUCCGGCAAGGUCGACGCAAAUCGGCAGGCAGCAUUCCCCUUUCUCCACUGGCUCGCACACCCUCCCCAACCCCACAGCCUCAGCCAACAUCUCCACAGCGUUCACCAUCCCCCUUACUGAGUCACACAUUGGGGACCACCAAAACCUCUCAAGCUUUCCCUACCAAGAUGCAUUCGCCUCCCACCAUUGUCCGUCAUAUGGCGCGACCUAAGAGUGCCGAGCCUCCUCGGUCCCCACUGUUAAAACGAGUCCAAUCAGAGGAGAAGCUUUCUCCCUCAUAUGCUGGAGACAAAAAGCAUUUAUGCACCAGAAAGCACAGUUUGGAAGUGACCCAAGAGGAGGCUCAAGGAGAAGCCUCAUGUAGGUGGGAGCAUACCCCACCAUGUACAGAAGAUAACAAUUCAUGUGAGCCGACUGCCAUUACUCGGGUGAGGCCGGCUGAGCAGGGUUGCCUGAAGCGGCCGGUGACUCGCAAGGUUGGUCGGCAAGAGUCAGUAGAGGACUUAGACAGGGAAAAGCUGAAGACCAAGGUGGUGGUGAAGAGGCAUGAUUGGGCUGAGAGACGGGACUCUUUGCAAAAACAAGACACCAUGCAAGAUCCGGAAGGUUCUAUUUGUUCCCUCACUACUGAAGAUAAGGAGUGGGGUGUUCUAACAAGAACCAGUACAAGACCCCAAACUUCCGAAUCGCCUUCUCUGGACAAGUCUACUAAUGCUUGUUUGAAGGAUGUGCUGUACAAAAAACUAAACCCAAGAGUGUGUGAGAGCAUAGCAGAGUCUGCCAGUAGUGGGGACUGUGCUUUACUGUUAAGUGAGAGAUCAUCUUCAUGCCAACCAGACAGACAGUUGUCAAGGACAAUGAAGGAAUGUAUUAAACCAGACAGGUUAGAUUUUAAAGCACCCAACAUUGAGUUCGCUAGAAAGAGACAGUCCUUUGAUGAGAGGGAGGACUCCUUGUGUCGCAUUUCAUCUAGUGUUCAUGAAAACAUUCAUUUCAACACCACCAGGUCCAAAAGUCUUCAGCUGGAUUCUGCUAUGGCUUUAGAACAUGUAAAAGGGGGGAUGUGCAACAUUCACAGUGCUUCUGAAAUGAGCGCUGGGACUUUGGCCCCUAAGCUUUACAGUGGGAGAGGUGAGAGUGCAGUAGAAAAACUUCAGAUGAUUGCCUCCUCUGAAGGUCCCAUCAGGAAAACUUCUUCUGAGUACAAACUGGAAGGACGGCUUGUGUCAUCUUUAAGACCCCUUGAGGGAACAUUAGACAUCGGCCUGCUUUCUGGCCCUCGGGUGUCCAAGACUGACACAUGUCUCUCCAAAAUGGCAGACAACUAUAGUGAAAGUACUAUAUUGGCAGGAGAUCUGUGUAGAAAACAGCUAAUUCCACAGAGAGGGUCACCAGGAAUGCUUAAUACUAAAGACAUUGUGAAUUUAAACUGUAAAACAAAUUCAAAAGAAGAAUCCAUAUCCAAUAAGGACUCAACUAUUAGUCCUGCUUGCAGUGAAGAUUUUCAUGACAGAAACAAAGUCAAUGAUAGUUUAAAGUUGCAAAACACACCCCCUAAAGUGGAAUCCGUGGAUGUAAAUGUGAAGUCAGAGAGUAGGCUAAAGACCGCUCAGGAGAUGAGGGCUGCACGACACUGCACACAUUUUGCAUGUGGGAAAACGCCUUCCAUCAGAGAGGUAAGCAAUGAAGACCAAGAAGAGGAUUUGGAAAACUGUGAGGAGGAAUUGGAAAACCAAAAUGAAUUUAAAAAAAUUAAACUGAUAGACUCUACCAAAACUAAUGAACCUGACAAGUCUCCAGUUUCCACUAUUGUGAAACCUCAGCUCAGCUAUAUUCAACAAACCCCAGCAGCAACUUUUGAUUUUAGUGGGUUAAUCGAAGCACCAUCCACUUCAAAUUCAGUGUCUACAGAAAAGGGAAUCCUACCAAGCAAAAAUGAAGACAAGCCUGCCAAUUCAAAGAACACUGCAAAGGAUGUAGAGCAGAUUUAUCAAUCAAAAGAUAUUAUGAGCAGUACAGUUGGGACAUCAAGCCCACCCUUGACUGUGAAGCAGAAUCAUUUAAACAGAAAGGACAAGGUCGAUAUCACAAAAGACUCUCUUGACUUUACUGCACAGUGUCUUCAUGGUUCUGUGGGAGAUAAGCCAGUAACUACAAUACAAAGCAUAGACAACAAUUUAGAGACUUUGCUCAGAGACAAAACAGAUGGCACACCAAUUACAGUUGUUGGCUCAGAGCAGGUUAACACAGAGACAAAUACCCAGAAAGCACUCAUCCCUCAGGUUUUAUCUAUGGCUCCCUCUGUCUCAACAUCACAAGAAACCGCUGAAGCACCUCUUGUUAAAAGUCCAAUGUCACCCAAUCCUACCCUUCAAAGAAAAGCUGCUCCAUCCUCAAUUGUUGCCCCACUAAAAGCUGUGCCUGUCACUGAUUCACAAUCCCAGGUCUUUGCAAGCACCACCCCGCAACUGCCUGGAUUGGCCGAGGUAAAAACAACCACCAUCCAAGAUUUACAGUCCAAAAAAACAUGUGCUAAAGUGGAAAGCUCUGGGAGCUUGGCAAAUGGACAGGCAACGAUUAAUUCAGUUCAGGUUUCCAAACAAAUCUCUGAAAAAACACAAAAUGCAAGUAACAAAUCCAGUCCGACAAUAAAGGAUCUUAAAAUCAUGGAAGCAUCAGUGGAAAAAAUGGGAGACUCGCAAGAUAAAUUGACAACUAAAAAUGACCUAAAAUGCAGUGGGAAAGAGACGAUAGUCUCUGCAACUGAAGUUUCUGUGUGUCAAAAACAAGAAUCACUUGUCAAAAGUCAGGUAUAUGCUAGUUGCACACCAAAGCUUGACACUGGUGCAAGCCCACCAAAGACUAAAAGUUGUGACAUUACUACAGGAGACACUGUGCAUGUGAAGUCAACACUUAAAGCUGAAGAAAAGCAGAAAUUGAAGAGUGCUGUUGGUGCAGACAGCCUGAAGGCCAGUAAACCAGCUGUGGAUGGAACAGAGACAGGUCCAGAACAGACUUCAUUAAAACGUCAAGAACCGCCUGAUAGCGCUUUAUCAAAACAAACUCCUUUGAGUUCCAAAAACAAGCCCAAAGUAGACUCUCCACUUGUUACGCAAUCCAUUGGUAAGACAGCUGAGGACAAGGCAAAGCUGGAGAACAAGGCACAGCCUUUUGUUAAAGACAGCAUAGUAAAACAAAAGGAGCAGAGAGAGUCAGUCGUGUCUACACCUAAAGUCCAACCCCAGAAAGAGACUAGCACUGGUUCUCAAGGUGGAUCUAGGUCAGUGUUGGCUUUACCAGCUGUUAAAAUUCUUGUUUCAAGUGGGGUUCCUUUAGGUAAGGGCAGUGGUGCUACAGAUGAAAUAGUUGGAGCUUCCUCUAAGGAGCAAAUGAAGCCUAGAAUUGAGGUUCAGAGAUCAGACACAGUCAAGGUCUCCAAUGCUAAUGAUGCUGUUGGAACUGCUCCUAUGUCCAGUCCUGAGCCUAAACAUAUCUCCAGUGAGCCAAAGGUGACUGAUAAAUCAAUUUCGUCCAGCCGAAAAGAGCAAGUAGAAAAGAAGAAAAAAGAACACUGUCAAGAAACAAUAUCAGCACCAAAAACUUCUCGUAAAGACUCUCCGAAAGCUGCAGCGUCGGCAAAGGAUAAUACCACUUCUGAAAAAGAUUUAGUACGUGCAAAACAAACAAAAGAUUCGCCGCGUGGUUCUACUUGUAAAAAGUGCUAAGUUAUUGUAUUUGCCAAGGUUAUCGACAAGGACUAUGAGGAUAUUAACAUCUUUUUUGUCUGUAUGUAAUAUCAUCAAGCCUUCCUAUUUGCGGACCGGUGAAACUGUUACUUUGGGUUUUCACGAGAAAUCAGAGGGAUGAAUUUGUGUUGUUUGUAAUCUCUAUUGCUCCGUUUAUAUAACUUGUCUAAAAAAGAGUGUAGGCUGAAUGUAGACUUGUUUUGCUGCUGAUUUCUGGUCACUUUUUAGAUCAAGCAAAAGCGCCAAAAUUAGUCAUUAUAUUGUGUUGCGGUGUGAUGUAACAAGUGGCGUGUGCAAUAAUUAUCGAGUGGCGAUGCUUUUUUAAAGCUCAGCAGUGCCAAUUUGGGUUGAGUGGGGAGACGUACCAAAUUAAAGGCACCUAAAAUUAAAAGCUAAAGGUGCAUGUAGACUGCUCGUUCAAACUAAGUUACCAUGUAUUACACAGUUUUCUGAUGUAUUUAAAAACUAUAUUCAGAAAAUAUAUGUAGCAAUGGUGCUAAUAAUGUGGCUUACACUCCGCAAGUAGAAAAAUCACUACUACUAUACUGAAUUUUUUGUUUUUCUUUUGUUUUGCGUGGUUCAGAGUUUCGUUUUGGGUAGUGGUGCACAGAAGGAAGGCACUUUGUCCUGUGCUUCUCACCUGGAACUAUUUUAUAUUGGAAUCAUCUAAUGGUUCUGGAAUCGUAGUGGAAGGGGCCUUAGGGUUUUUUGGGAAAAUGCGACUUGCUGUUCUUAGCAGGUUAUGGUGAAAAUCACAUUCCUUUCACAUACAUUUCUAAGGGUUCAUUUUUAUGCAAUAUAUUGUAAAUACAGCAGCGUUAAAUGUACAGAAGGGGUCGGGGGGGAAAUUAGUGUUGUAUGUUUUAUAUGUAUGUAUUUUGCUAUGUCAUAUAUUUGUAAACUGUACUUGAUGUUAGUCUCCUAGUGUUGUCAUCUGCUCAGUAAUUCUGCUGAAAUGGAGUCUAUACUAGACGAAGAAGAAGAAUAGUCUCACUUGGUAAUGGAAGUGUACUUGAAGUUUCACCGAGGUAUGUAGGGAAUAACCACAGGCGUUUUCAAAAGCGUAUUUUAAGUGAUGCAGCAGAGUUGCUCUCCGAAUGUUCUCUCAAUCUUGAUGUCGCUAACAAUGAAAUCAUAUAUAUUUACUUUAAACAGGGACAACGCAAAUGUAGCACAUUAUAUAGAAGGCAAGUUUCAGAAACUGAAGGAUUACCCUAUGGUUAAAGUUUGCUACUGUGUAGAUAAUACCGUAUUUACCAUCUGUUUCAAGCAUUUAGGGCUAACAUUUGCCAUUCAGUAUGAAAAAACAUGAUGUACUUCCCCUGGUUCGGUUGAAAGGGCUUUUACGGGGAAUUAUUAAAUGUGCUUUAGUGCUUUUGUUGUAUGUCAGGGCUUGUGGCAAGAGUUUCACCACACGUUCCUCAUGUUCAGUCAAUUGCUUAUCUACUCAUAUGCAAAGUACAAAACUUACAAAUGGUGAUUGCAUAUAAUUAAAUGCAUUUGUGCUGUACUUCGCAUGUCUGGUAUAAAAGAAUUGAUUAGUGCAUUUCUUUCAUAUCAAACUUUCAAAGCUAUUAUCUUUACAAAGGAUCAUUUGUCAUUAGUUUAGCACAGUGACCAUUCCAGGUUACCAAUGGUUUCCAACCGUAUAUCUCAGCCAGUGUCAGUACACGUAUAUCGCUGAACAUGUAGGCUAUAUUACAGUAUGUUAUUAAAGUACUUUAUUAAAGUGUUUAAUGUAAGCAAAGAGCAUAUUUAUAGGAGCCGGUCACACAUAUGUGCUUAAGUAUCUAAAUAACGGAAAUGCACCAUGAUAGGAAAAGCUUGAGACUGAAUUUUCUGUUCCUCGUAGACUUUACUAUGUAGCUUAGGAAGUCUAGAGAGAUGCAGUGCACCUUAUGACUAAACAAGAUGCUUAUUGGGCUUUUGGGAAAAGAUCCUAUAGGCAAGCAUAAUACGAACUUUAACAAUUAACAAUAUGAAUGUUUUGUAGAGCAUAUGCAUUGUCUGUUAUCGAAUAUCGACAGUAUUACCAUGACUAAACCCGGACAUUUGUUUUGUUGCUAUUGCUUUUUGUUCGUCCCCUGCCUUCUCUUAAAAUUGAUGUUUAAAUCCUUUAAAAAGCACAUUAAAUGUUUGUUUACAACUACUUCAUGGAUGUAUAUUAUGUACAUUGUGUUAUUUGCCAAAUUAAUGUGCCGUCACAGGAAAUAACGCUGUGAUCGAUGUGUGUGUAUGUGUGAGUUCCUCUUAGCAGACACUUGCUGUUAAAGACUGCCGGUGUGGUAGCCCGUUUCUCGUCUUUCCGGUUCAAUAUGUUCUUGCUUGUUUCCAGGCGUUUUCUUUCUUCUGUAUGUGUGAAAUCAGUGUUUAAUAGAUGACCCUGCUUAUCAUCGUCUUUUAGGAUCUGUGCAAUAAGAGAUGUGAUUUUGAGUUUUGUAUAUCACCCACAAAAAGCUCUAUGGAUGUCAUAGAUGUUGUAUACUAUACAAAUAUUUAUACUUCUAAAGUUGUAUAAUACUGAAAAUAAAAAGGCAUGUGAAAAUAAAUGUGUCAUGUUUUAUUAUAUUAAAUGUUUUUCAUUUGAAUUGCCAAGCUCCAAAAAAAUCUAGCAGACAAUGCACAGGGUUAGAUAUCUCUCUUUAAUUUGUAAAAUCAAAAAUUUUGACAAUUUUUCACUAACUAGUCCACUUUUAUUUACAACACUGAAAGCAGAUAGUAAGAGAACACCAAUGUUUAAAGGUUCCCAGCAAGCAACAGCUGUCAUUUCACUGUGUCUAGGUCAGUGGUUAUCAAACAUUUUCGGAGUGCAGCCCCUCUUUUGUACGGUGCAUCCCUUCAUGGACCCCCCCCCC